UAAAAAAAUGAAGAUUUCCUUGCUCUGUAUUUUUCUAAUUUUAUGUAGUACCUCAGCCUGGGCGAAAGAUAAACAUUAUUACAUUGGAAUUAUUGAAACAACUUGGGACUAUGCCUCUGACCAUGGGGAAAAGAAACUUAUUUCAGUUGACACGGAACAUUCCAAUAUCUAUCUUCAAAAUGGCCCCAAUAGAAUUGGAAAAGUCUACAAGAAGGCCCUGUAUCUUCAGUACACAGAUGAAACCUUUAAGACGAUUAUAGAGAAACCUGUCUGGCUGGGGUUUUUAGGCCCUAUUAUCAAAGCUGAAACUGGAGAUACAGUUUAUGUACAUUUUAAAAACUUUGCCUCUAGGCCUUAUACUUUUCAUGCACAUGGAAUGACUUACUAUAAGGAGCAUGAGGGGGCCAUCUACCCUGAUAACACCACAGAUUUUCAAAAAGCAGAUGACAAAGUGCGGCCAGGUGAACAGUGUAUGUACAUAUUGCAUGCCAACCCAGAACAAGGUCCUGGUAAGGAAGACAGCAAUUGUGUGACCAGGAUUUACCAUUCCCACAUUGAUGCUCCAAGAGAUAUCGCCACAGGACUCAUUGGACCCUUAAUACACUGUAAAAAAGAUUCUCUGGAUAAAGAGAAAGAAAAAAAUAUUGACAAAGAAUUUGUGGUGAUGUUUUCUGUUGUGGAUGAAAAUCUCAGCUGGUACCUAGAAGACAACAUUAAGACCUACUGCUCUGAACCAGAGAAGGUUGACAAAGACAAUGAAGACUUCCAGGAGAGUAACAGAAUGUAUUCUGUGAAUGGAUAUGCUUUUGGAAGUCUCCCAGGACUCUCCAUGUGUGCUGAGGACAGAGUAAAAUGGUAUCUUUUUGGUAUGGGUAAUGAAGUUGAUGUGCAUGCAGCUUUCUUCCACGGGCAAGUGUUGACUAAUAAGAACUACCGUGUUGAUACAAUCAAUCUCUUUCCUGCUACCCUCUUUGAUGCUUUUAUGGUGGCCCAGAACCCUGGAGAAUGGAUGCUUAGCUGUCAGAAUCUAAACCAUCUGAAAGCUGGUUUGCAGGCCUUUUUCUGGGUACAAGACUGUCAGAAGCCUUCAUCUGAGAACGAUAUCCGUGGCAAACAUGUUAGACACUACUACAUCGCUGCUGAGGAAAUCAUCUGGAACUAUGCACCCUCCGGCAUAGACACCUUCACCAAAGAAAUCUUAACAGCACCUGGAAGUGAUUCAGAGGUAUUUUUUGAACAUGGUUCUACAAGAAUUGGAGGCUCAUAUAAAAAGCUGGUUUAUCGUGAGUACACAGAUGGCUCCUUUACAAAUCGAAAGGAGAGAGGCCCUGAAGAGGAACAUCUUGGCAUCCUGGGUCCUGUCAUUUCGGCAGAGGUGGGAGACACCAUCAGAGUCACCUUCCAUAACAAAGGAACAUAUCCCCUCAGUAUUGAGCCGAUUGGGGUGAGAGUCGAUAAAAGCAACGAGGGCACGUACUACAACUCAAGCAGAAGUGCGCCUCCUCCUUCAGCCUCCCAUGUGGUACCCAAAGGAACAUUCACCUAUGAAUGGACUGUCCCCAAAGAAGUAGGACCCACUUACAAAGACCCUGUCUGUCUAGCUAAGAUGUAUUAUUCUGCUGUGGAUCCCACCAAAGAUAUAUUUACUGGGCUUAUCGGGCCAAUGAAAAUAUGCAGGAAAGGAAGUUUACUUGCAAAUGGGAGACUGAAGGAUGUAGACAAGGAGUUCUAUUUGUUUCCUACAGUGUUUGAUGAGAAUGAGAGUUUACUCCUGGAUGAUAAUAUUAGAAUGUUUACAACAGCACCUGAUCAGGUGGAUAAGGAAAAUGAAGACUUUCAGGAAUCUAAUAAGAUGCACUCCAUGAAUGGAUUCAUGUACGGGAAUCAGCCUGGUCUCAAUAUGUGCCGAGGAGAUUCGGUUGUGUGGUAUUUAUUCAGUGCCGGAAAUGAGGUUGAUGUACACGGGAUAUACUUUUCAGGAAACACUUAUCUGUCAAGAGGAGAAAGGAGAGACACAGCAAACCUCUUCCCUCAAACAAGUCUGAGGCUCUUCAUGCAGCCUGACACUGAAGGGACUUUUGAUGUUGAGUGCCUCACAACUGAUCACUACACAGGUGGCAUGAAACAAAAAUACACUGUGAACCAGUGUAGUCGGCCAUCUGAGAAUUCAUACUACUACCUGGGAGAAAGGACCUACUACAUCGCAGCGGUGGAGGUGGAAUGGGAUUAUUCCCCAAGUAGGAAAUGGGAAAAGGAGCUGCAUCAUUUACAAGAACUAAAUCUUUCAAAUGCAUUUUUAGAUAAGGAAGAAUUUUACAUAGGCUCAAAGUACAAGAAAGUUGUGUAUCGGCAAUUCACUGACAGCACAUUCCAAGUUCCUGGGGAGAGAAAACCUGAAGAAGAACACCUGGGAAUUCUAGGUCCACAACUUCAUGCGAGUGUUGGAGACAAAGUUAAUAUUAUCUUUAAAAACAUGGCCACAAGGUCCUACUCAAUACACGCCCAUGGGGUGAAAACGGAGAAUCCUACAGUGACUCCAACCGCACCAGGUGAAACUCGCACUUACGUAUGGAAAAUCCCAGAAAGAUCUGGAGCUGGAAUAGAUGAUUCUCCUUGUAUUCCAUGGGCUUACUAUUCAACUGUGGAUCGGGUUAAGGAUCUCUAUAGUGGAUUAAUUGGCCCACUGAUUGUUUGUCGGAAACAUUACUUGCAAGUAUUCAAUCCCAUAAAAAAACUGGAAUUUUCCCUUCUGUUUCUUGUUUUUGAUGAGAAUGAAUCUUGGUACUUAGAUGACAACAUCAAAACAUACUCUGAUCACCCUGAGAAAGUAGACAAAGCCAAUGAUGAAUUCAUAGAAAGCAAUAAAAUGCAUGCUAUUAAUGGAAGAAUGUUUGGGAACUUACAAGGCCUCACAAUGCAUGUGGGAGAUGAAGUCAACUGGUAUCUGAUGGGAAUGGGCAAUGAAAUAGACUUGCACUCGGUACAUUUCCAUGGCCACAGCUUCCAAUACCAGCACAGGGGCAUUUAUAGUUCUGAUGUCUUUGACAUUUUCCCUGGGACAUACCAAACUUUAGAAAUGUCUCCAAAAACACCUGGAAUCUGGUUACUCCACUGCCAUGUGACUGACCACAUUCAUGCUGGAAUGGAAACUACUUACACCGUUCUACCAAAUGAAGAGACCCAGUCUGGAUGAAAGAAAUAAAUUGGUGAUAAGUGAAAAAAAAAAAAAAAAAACAAUGAUUCAUAACAAUGUAUGUGAAAGUGUUGAAUAGAAGGCUUACUUGGAAUGGCUGUAAGCAUUAAAAAAAAAAAGACUGAAAACAUAUACUUUUGUGCAUUUAUGGGGAAAACUGUGUUACACUGUUUCAUAUGAAAAGAUCAAUAGACUGUAUUACGACACAUGACUGACUCUAAUACACAUAUCACCACCAUUAGGGCUUUACAAAACUGUAUUAAAAAAAAAAAAUCUAUGAGCAGAUGUUGUCCUGGACAGUCCUCAAAGGAUCACUAUUAAGAUUCAACGAUUUCAAUAAUAAAUAAAAAAAUAAACAAACAAACAAAUAAGGUUCAAUGAAAUGUUUCCAAACUUUGGCUUCCCAUCAAUCCCUCUAACAUACAUCAGUCCUAAUGGACCAGUGGGAUAGGGGCACAGGUGUAGAGGAAGUAAAAUAAAAAAUUAAACAAGAUAAAAUAAAAUAUUAAUAAUAAAAUUUCAAAACGGUGAGGCCAAUAUUGAACUUGUAAUCUACAGAACUGUAAGAUAAUUAAUUUUGUGUUGUUUUAAGCCACUAAGCCUGUGAUAAUUUGUUACAGCAGCAAUAGAAAAUCAAUAGAGUACCCUUUGAAGAUGUCAAUUAUACCUAAAUAA